AUGCGGGAGCAUAUACGAGACGUUGACUUCCAGAUUUACGAAGCUGCAGACGAUGUCGGCGGAGUGUGGCAUCACAAUCGAUACGCAGGUGCCGCCUGCGAUAUCCCAGCUCACAGCUAUCAGUACUCCUUUUGCCAGAACACCCAGUGGUCGGAAUUCUAUGCGCCUGGUCCAGAGAUCCACAGAUACUUGAAGAGAGUUGUCGACCACUACAAGUUGCAAAGCCUUAUCAAGCUGCGUCACAGAGUCGUUGGAGCCGAGUGGUCCCAGGAUCGCGGAAAAUGGUCUGUCAGAGUGUUAGAUCUCGACAAGAAUGAGGAGAAAGUAGAUGAGGCAGACUACUUCUUGUACGCCACUGGUCUUUUGUCAAAACCCAAGUGGCCGACGAUUGCGGGCCGAGAACGAUACAGGGGCAUUUUGCAUCAUUCUGCAAAUUGGGAUGCUGCCAAGGAGGAAGCUCAAGAAGGAUUCUCAUGGAAAGACAAGAGAGUUGCUGUGAUUGGUGUAGGGUCUAGUGCGAUUCAGAUCAUGCCACAAAUGCAGAGGAAAGCAAAACAUGUUACAAACUUUAUAAGGAGUCGCACUUGGAUCUCGUCUACAUUUGCCUCGGCCUUUCUUGAACGCCUCAAUGAAGGUGCAGGAGCUAGUAACCAUGCGUUCUCUCCCGAAGAAAGGAAAAGCUUUACAAACGAAGAGUUCUACUCUCAGUUUCGUCGAGAGUUGGAGCGAGGCCUCAACGCCGUACACAAGAUCACCGAACAGGGUCAACCAUUGCAGCUGGAAGCUCGACAAAUUAUAGAGGAAAAGAUGCUGGAGAAGCUUGCAUCCAAACCUGAGAUUGCUGAGAAGCUUAUACCCGACUUCCCAGUUGCCUGCAAACGCCUCACGCCGGGGCCGGGUUACCUCGAGAGUCUGACAGCAGACAAUGUUGAGUUCUGUUCUCAAGAGCUAGCAUCGUUCACUGAGAAAGGUCUGGUGACAGCAGAUGGCCGCGAACUUGAAUUUGACGCAAUUAUUUGCGCUACUGGCUUUGACGUCUCUGCUGUACCCAGCUUCCCGAUCUAUGGCUCAAACAACAUCAAUUUGCAAGAUAUGUGGGCCAAAGAUGUCAAACAGUACUUGGCUGUCUGCGUUCCUCAGAUGCCUAACUUCUUUCCAAUUCUAAGCGCUCAGUCUGGCGUUGGAUCAGGGUCCUUGCUCAUUCUGAUGGAGCAACAAAUUGCCUACGCCACCAAGUGCAUCCAAAAGUGCAUCCGAGAAGGCUACAAGAGCAUUGUAGUAAAGGAAGAUGCUGUCGAAUCAUUUCUUCAGUACACAGACAACUACUUUGACAGAACUGUGUAUUCAGGCAACUGCAAAUCGUGGUACAAGAACGGAGCUUCUGGAAAGGCCAAGAUCCGAACCCUGUGGCCUGGGUCUUGUCUACACGGGUACACCGCGCUGCGUCACCCUCGAUGGGAAGAUUUUGAAUACGAGAGGGCCGAAGACUAUGAUCAUCGAAUGGCAUGGCUUGGUAACGGAGAUGUCCGACCAGAUCUUGAUCGUGUGUUCUAUUUGGACGAAAUUUGGGCGAUGCACAAGGAUCAUCCAAUGUUCAAUGAUUGAAGAUUUGGGUAGGCACACUAUGCGGGGACUCACCCGCAUAUGCCCGCAUCUAGGCAUGUGUCAAAUAGAGUAGAGUUUGCCGAUGGACUUAAGGUUGUUUCAUGACAGGUUCCAGGACAAACAUGGAGACAGAGAAACUUCCGGGGAAACACGAAUAUGUGUUAAUUACCUAGGGCAGGAAAGUUUUGUCUGCGGCUCCGUUCAUACACGGACGUUCUUGAACUCCACGGGA